AUGAGCGGACAAGUGGAGGUCACGAAUCGGGGUUUGAAAAGAAUCCUUGAGCGGUCCAUUAAUAACAACCGCAAGGAUUGGUCAGACAAGUUAGAUGACGCUUUGUGGGCUUUUAGAACAGCAUUCAAGACGCCUAUUGGAACCACUCCCUUCAGGGUGGUUUAUGGAAAAGCUUGUCAUCUACCUAUCGAGCUAGAACACAGGGCAUAUUGGGCCUUGAAAACGGCGAAUAUGGAUUUGAAGAGCAGAGGUGAAGCCCGUUUUCUGCAAAUCCACGAGCUCGAGGAACUAAGAAACCAGGCCUAUGAAAGUUCUAGCAGGUACAAAGAACGAGUCAAGAGGUUUCAUGACAAAAGAUUGAGAGAACAUAAAGAUUUCCGCGUUGGAGAUCUUGUUUUGUUAUACUCUUCACGACUGCGUUUAUUCCCUGGGAAGUUAAGAUCUCGAUGGACGGGUCCUUAUACGAUCAAAGAAGUAUUUCCAUACGGAGCCGUCGUCAUCGAAAAUCUAAGCGGGGAAACAUUCAAGGUCAACGGCCAUAGACUCAAAAGUUACAUCAAUGGACCGAUUGACCCGGUGGAGGAAAUUCUCGAACUCCACGUCCCGCACACUUAA